AAAUCUGGCAACUCUUGGUCAUUGUUAGAAAGGGUAACAUUUGACACUUGUAGCUCACUUACUCGGUUUCAAUUUCAUUUUGCAAUUGGUUGGGUAUUGAUUAGCUGUCAUUACAGGAAAUAAUGUACAGCCAUAAUAAUGGCGACCCGAUAAUGCACAGCCCAAUAAUCCGUGUACAAAUAAAAGAUCCUAGUACACCAAUUAACUGGACGUGCAUUAUUUGGCCGUACAUUAUCGGGGCGUACCAUGGAGGUAAUAAGCUCAUCCAUGGGCUGUACAUUAUCAUUACGGGUGAUUACUGGCAGAUAUUGUACGGCAAAAUAAUGCAUGACCUAAUAAUUCGUGUACAUACUUUGUAUGGGACACGGAUUAUUGGCCAGUACCGAUAUUGUACGGCUGAUAAUAUACAGACAAAUAAUGCAAGUCCCGAUAAUUCGUGUACUAGGUUCUUUUGCUUGUACACAGAUUAUUGUAUUGAGCUGUUUAUUAUCAUGACUGUACAAUAUUGUUUAACCAGCCCAUAUUGCAUUUAAGUUUAAUUCAGUUGAAUCAAUCCAAGCGUUGUUACGGCGCUAUUGGGACAUAAUAAGCACAAUUUAUUAGUUGUUUAAAGUUUUCUUUUGACGAGUUUACUUUUGGCGUAAAUCCACAAUGGACCAUGUCAAGUUUUCUGUAUUGCGAGAAAAGUGGCGGCGUUAUUUUGAAGACGGACAACGAGAUGUGUUUGAUACAAGCUCGUCAGAAGAAUCAGACGAUAAACAUCACAAUCCUAAGCAUAAUAAAUUGUACAUGGAGUUGUUCAGGAUGUUGCCAACAAUAGAACCAAAUGAUUUAAACACUGAUUGUCUAGAUAUUCCUGUUGGCCCGCUAAGUGAUGAAAUUGGAGUAACCACUGCUGUCACAUCAGGGAUGGUAGAUUUACCGGCUGCGGAGCACAAAAAAGAACAUUCAGAUUUUGAAAAACUGCAAUUUCAUGAAAUGGCUGGUGAUGGUACCACAGUGAAGUGUGGACAACAAUAUGAAUGCUUCACAUAUGCGCAUGAGCUGGAGUCUAUGUUGGAACAGUCUGAAUCGGAGCUGGCGAUAACUUCAGAUGAAUCCCAAUUUGAAGUCUACAAUGAUACGGAAUCUGCUUCUAGUGAAUUUGCACAGGGAUACGAACAUAACACAGUAUAUAACAUGGAGCUUCUAUUAGAGCAGUCCGAUUCUAAUCUGGCAAUAAAUGCAGAUAUAUCCCAAUUGCAAGACCACCAUGAUGAGGAAUCAGCUUCUGAUGAAUCUAUACAGAAGCAUGAAGACAACAAAGUACACGAAAUGGAGUCUGUGGAGGCAGGUCCACAGAUUCCACAAGUGAGAGAUCAUCCUCGGGUCAAUGUUGCAGAGGCAAACUGUUUUGGAGACCUGUUACGGCCCGAAUAUGAAGUUCAACAAGAACUAAGGCUGGCACAAUUAGAUUGUAUGACAGAUCAACCAUCUGAGUUCCCAUCAGGAAAUGGCAGGCAACAAGAUUUGUUGAAAUCCAAUGGAAAACUACUUAAAAUGGAGGAUAUUGCUGGCCCAAGUACGUCUGUGGUUGAAAAUAAUCAUAGAAGCAAGUUUGCCCAAAAAGUUGAGCAGAUGUUUAGGGAAACACAAAGUAAUUGUGAGGAGCCUAGAAUAAAACCUGUUGGUAAUACUUUGUCACAAUGGAAACCCUAUUUGAUUCUACCUUUCAUGUAUCGAAAUGCACAGUAUAAAAGGAGCUUGCAGCCAAUAUUGGAAGAGUCCGCUGAUACCAUACAGGAACUAGUAUCGACUGAGAUGGAACAACUGCACCAUUUGCCACAAAAGUCAGAUUUAGAAACUCACGAAGAAGAACCCCAUUUGGAACAAGAAACAGAGUCAGAUGAUUUGUAUGAUGAGGAUUAUGAGGAUUCGCUGUCCAUGGAUGAAGAUUUGCUUUUGAUUGAAGCUCCAUUAAUCUUUAUAGCUGGUGAACAGUUUGAAUACCUCAACACUAGACGCCUCAUUUUAAAUGGAUUGUUUUGCAUUGCAAUCUAUUUAGGAACCGUGGAAGGAGAUAUUUUGGAAGAGCUUCUAAACUAUACUUCUAUCCAAGAUGUUAUAGUAUUUUUGUUUAUAAUCUUCACUUUGCUAAGUCUUUGUAAGAUGUAUAAUUUUAUUGUGAAAGACAAUGAUGAACCUGAUGACAUUUCCAAUGAUCCAUCAGACAAUGAUUCCCCAGUUCGGGAAGUUCCGACGAGAAGAGAUGAAAGAGAUCUGCAGCCAGACACGGACAUGCAGCCAGUUCUGGAUGCACUCGAAGAUCCUCAACCCAUACCGUCUGAAGAAGAUAUGGAGAUGGAGUAAUAGCUUUAAUAAGCAGGUGAUUUAAGAUAAUUCUUAAGUUUGGUGUUUCAAAGUUUAAGUUUUUUUUUUGGUCAUCUUCACUAUUAAAAAUAUUGUCUGAUGAAAGCAUUUACCAAUGAUUCUAGAUUUAUAUAAGAAUAUUGUAUUAUAGAUGAUUGUGCUAAGCCCCAUCUGUCCAAGAUGUCUCUUGUUAAUUAUAAUUUUUGUUUCUAUUUCUUACUUAAUACUUACCAUAUAUAAGCAAAACUUUUUUAGUUACUACAUUCCUUUUUUGCAUUUACUCAAUUUGAUAUGUUACUUUACUAAUUAAUAACUGUACUCACUGCAAUUAUUAAAACCAUUCUGUGAUAGCAGCCGCCUGACAGAAUAAACUAUUAGUUCUUAAUUAUUUUUGCCUUUUCAUAGAAUUUAUUUUGUUUGUAAUGAUUUACUUUGGUUUUUUUAAUAGAUGCCUUAAGUAGAACUGUUGUUAUGUUAUAAUUUAGAAAGGUUGUAUGUUUCUAUCUAGAUUGUUACCGAGGCCAAAGGCUUGUAAUAUUUUUUGUUACUAUUAAUACUAAGUCUACAAUGUAUCACAAAAAAUUGUCAAGAUCCAUUCCAGUUGUAAUUAUCAUUUUUGUAAUGGUUUCACUUAAGUACAAGUUUUUGUUAUUUAGUUUAUUUUAUAAUUAAAUGUUAAGGGCAAAAAGAAAGUGGGUAAAUAUGUUAAGUGCCAACUUAAAAUCCACAAAUUAAAUUUGUGAUAUGUUCUUGAUGAACACAGCUCAGUGAGACGUAAGACUUACCAUUUACAUGAUUUUGUUAUUCUUUAUUAAAAGAUAUAUUUCUAUAAGUUUAACCUACAGAUCUAUGAUAACUUAAGACCAUAUAACUUAGUAUGAUCUUAAUUAUAUACUUAUUAUUUAAAUUUUUAAAAAUUUAAUUUACUUAAGUUUAAACACUCUUAAAUUAUUAUUUGAAACUAAAAGUCUGAUUGUUGCCAUAUUUUAAUAAAACUUAUGUUUAAUUCAAACUUCCUUAAGCCAGUCGCACAUGAUCAUUUUGAACCAAACAGUUCCACUGUUCUGUGCUAUUCCAUUAGUCAAAAGUGAUUGUGUAUAGCUGGCUUUGAUCUAAGACUGUUUUUAAUUUUCGUUAGAUAGAAUCUCAUAUUUUGUAAGAUUGGAGAAAUGUUUCUCAUUUCUGCUUUUUGUAUAACAUUUAAUGAAAUUAUUUUUAUUAAGCUGUGAAUGCAUUUCUUCAGUACAAAUGUAUUUUGUGAUUAUUUAAACUAUUUUCUCUUUAUUACCUGUUGAUAUAUGUAAAGUGGUACUUAGAGUCCACCAUGUUUAACUUUUCAUAGAAAUA